UCUCGGCCAACACUAUACGUGAGAACCGCUGCACACUGCAGCUGCCAAAAACCGGUUUUUGCAUUCGGUCUAUGCGCAAACGAAAACAUGGAUGCGGAAGCAUGCACACCAGACCAAUGGUGGACUUCCAGAGCAUCGCUUCGUGCAUUUCGCAAACAUUGCUCUGCAGCUAACCAGGCGAAAACCAGACAUUGAUUGGAAGCUUGCAGAUCAAUUGCUGAAAACAAGAAAAAGGAGAGAUUUAGAAGAGCGCAACGGCGGCGAGGGCAGCAGCGGCCAGGGAACCAGCCACCUUGGCAGCGCCGUUGCCCGACUUCUCGGCGCUCGGCUUGGGAGCAGCGGCAGAGCCCGAGUGCGAGGCAUGGCUCGACUCCUCCUCAUCGAGGCUGUCGAGAUCCGAGGCAGCGUGCGACCCAGCGUGCGACGCAGGGUGCGACCCAGCCGGGGUGGCACCGGAGCUGGCAGCCGGGGCGGUCGGGGUAGCCGACGCCUCACCACCACCAAUCUGGGCCAGCAGCUGGGCGUACUCGGACGACAGCGCCGGAACCAGCGAUGUGGGGAUGCCGGUGGCGCGCGACAGAACCGAGGCAAUAUCAGUCGGCAGCUUGCCGUCGGCCAGGGCGUCCUGGAUGAUGUCCGAGGGCAGGUAGCUAACGAUGGCCAGGAGGUCCGCGGGGAGGUCGGCGAUGCCGCCCAGACCGGCGGCAGAAGGAUUGGCAGCGUUGACAGCAGCGACAAGGGCAAGGACGGCGGCGGCGGUGAACUUCAUUAUGAUUACAAGAGAAAGGCGGGUGGGAAGAGGCUGGUAGCGACGAAAAGAAUUACGCAAACGUGGUAGGAAGAAGGGAGGAGGUAUACGGAAGAGAAAGGGAUGCGAGCGGCGAGUUCGUUGUGCCCAGUUUAUAAAGAUUACCGAAGCAACAUAUGCACGGUGCACAUCCCAGCGAGAAAAGGGGAGCGGCAAGCCUCCCGCAGUGCCAAAAAAAAAA